AUGGAAGUGCCGCGGCUCCUGUUUCCUUGCCCAAGGAAGUCUUUGACGCUGCCAGAAUUGCCAUUCCGGCCACUCCUUAUGAUUUUACAUUGGAAAAAGAAAUUCUCCAGAAGAAGGCAACUGCUACUGACGAGUCGUCAUAA